AUGGCAGGGAUAAUUGUAUAUGCUCCAGUCAUUAAUGGUAUUGGGGGUAACCUGGUCUCAAUUCAGUCCAGUCGCAUCUCCACUGGUCUGCAUAAGAAGUACCCAUCAGGAGAGGUACCGGACGACCGAACUGGCUGCUAUAGUCCUUGUCUGGCUUUCUUUGGAUCAGGCCCAAAUCACCGCUCUGCUCAGGUUCUGCUGUCGCUGGUCAUUCCUGGUCAGCUCAUCUUUCUGUUCUCUAUCCACGUACUGAAAGGGGCGUACACGUUACCGAGUCCCCUGUUUACGUUUCUCUUCAUUUCUGCUUCAGUUAUUCAGGUUGUCGCCCUGCUGGUCAUAGCUGAGUACAUGGUUCACUGUUUAUGGAGAAAGCAGAAAGACCCAGACAGUUACUCCAUCCCAUACCUCACCGCUUUGGGGGAUCUGCUCGGCACUGGUCUCCUCGCGCUUGUCUUUGUAAUAUUGUGGUGUUCAGGGAACCCAGGCUCUACCUAA